GCGGAAGUGGCGGCGCUGAAGGCCGAGAGGGACAGUGCCAAGGGCUCGUCGGUUGGCCUGGACGGCAGCCGGUUGGCUGGAGAGACCCUUGCCAGAGAAGAUGGUGGUUCCACCGCAGUCGAAGGUGAGGACCUUGGUUCAUCUAUUCAGGGAACGAUGGCCAGCAUCCAAGAGCAGCUUAAACACAUCCGUACCACUAAUGAUGAUUGGUAUGACGAGCACCGACGAAUCCUUGGCGAAUUGGCCGAGUUGUCUCGUCGGGCGACGCCCAACCCUCCGAGCCAGUCGACGACACCGCAACCCGAGAAGGCGAACGGCUCGAGCAGCAGUUCGGACGAGCAAGGGAUUGAGGAAGGAUCCUCGUGAACGGGGAGAGAAGACUCUGGGCUCGGGGGAGGAUGACCCUAUUUCCUUUGUCGUAUGAUGUCCCGAAGAGGAAUUUUCAUUAUCGUUGUAUUGGCCUAGGCUGUAUGUAAUAGAAUACUCAGGAUACCCCUGUUCUCCGCUUUCUUUCUUGUGACUCUCCCCAUGUUCUACAAUGCCCCUCUCCAGGGGAUCCCAUUGGACGUGUAAGUGUGGUUGCACAGGAAAAAGCAGCAGGCAAAAAAGC